CAGCCAGCAACUGAAAGCCGUCGGAGGUGGAUCAGGGUUCCUCGUCUGGAGUGGAGGGAGGUGGCUGCUGCUGCUGCUAUGGGGCUGGACGAGGUUUUCCAGUCGAUGGGUGGAAUUGGGCCACGCCAAGUAUACCUGGUCUUCUUGUUAACCCUGUUGCAGAUUUUUGUUGCUGCUCAUACUGUCUUCAUGACUAUAAUUGGAGCAACAUCACCUUUUCACUGGGAUUUCGGGAAGCUUCCAUCUGAUCAGAGCCAGGAUAAUACCACAGCCAAUGAGAGUCAGCAGUUUAAGCAUUGGCUUAAAGUGACAAAUAAGAGUGAGAUUCGAAGACAUGUUCAUUUUGAUCCGGGUUUCUCAUCUAUUAUUACAGAGUGGUUCCUCAUUGGAGAUGCCUCAUACAAAAUCAAUAUGGCCAGCUCGGUGUAUUUCUUUGGUGUCUUGAUUGGUGUUGUUACCUUUGGACAAAUUUCUGAUCGAUUUGGAAGAAAGAAAGUUUAUUUGACAGGUCUUGCACUUGAUAUCAUCUUUGGUAUUGUAAGUGGAAUCGCUCCUACGUACCAGAUUUUUUUGGCAUCCCGUUUCCUUGUUGGUGUCAAUAAUGGAGGAAUGUCAUUGGUGUCCUUUGUUCUACUCCAAGAGUAUGUGGCUGUUUCUUAUUGGGCAAUAGCUGGUUCACUACAGAGCAUCUCAUUUGCUAUUGGAAUUUCUCUAUAUGCAUUGAUUGGAUACUUUAUUCGAUCGUGGCGGACACUGGCUAUUGUGAUCAAUAUUGAAGGAGUACUUAUUCUGCUGCCAUCUUUAUGUUUUCCAGAAUCUCCACGUUGGCUGUAUGCUCAGGGAAGAUGGAGCGAAGCAGAGCAUAUCCUUGAAAACUUUGCUAAAAAGAAUGGCCACCAGAAGUGUGUUGUGAGCCUAAAGCCACCAACUACCCAAAAUGGUGGUGAAACAGCUAGUGUUUUUGAUCUUUUCCGACAUCGAGUUCUGUUCAGGCGAACCCUUAUAUUAAUGUUUGUGUGGUUAAUAUGCAGUCUUGUGUACUAUGGUCUGACUCUAAGUGCAAGUGAUCUGGGUGGCAAUCUAUAUUUAAACGUAGCACUCUCUGGAUUGGCGGAGUUGCCUUCAUAUCCUAUCUGUCUCUUUCUGUUGAGUCGUACUUGGUCAGGUCGCAGACGAACACUAGGGAUCCUGGUUGUGGGAGGUACAGCUUGUCUUAUCGUCACUUUGCUUCCAGAGAAUAAAGGCAUUGGGUUUUUAUCAUUUGUCAGCAACCAAUCUCCCUCUAUUCUGGGUAAACUAUCAAUAAGUGCUGCAUUUAAUGUGGCCUACAUCUAUUCUUCUGAGCUCUUUCCCACCUCAGUCAGGAAUGUUGGAAUGGGGAUCUGUUCCAUGUCUUCCAGAAUUGGUGGAAUUGUUGCCCCCUUCGUUCCAUCACUGAAAGCCAUCCAGUCAUCAUUGCAUUUUGUGGUGCUUGGAAUCGCUGGACUGUUAGCAGGAGUCCUUAGUUUGCUUCUGCCAGAAACUCUGAAUAAACCUCUUCCAGAGAAGAUCUCUGACCUUUAUGACACAAUGCAUCACAAACAUGGAGAAGUGGUUGGUUCACAGCCAUCACAGGCAAGUGUUGUGAAUCAUGCAGGAAACAUCAGUAGUGAGAGUGAAAAUGAUUUUGAUGCCAAUGAAGAAACAGCAUUGAUCCAAUAACAUGAAGAGUAUUCUACAACUUAAUGAGAAUGCAAUAGCUGUAAGCAGCACUUUACUUUUGCAAUUCACUGGUGUUCAUGUAUACCCAGCUUAUUGAAAUGUGCCAUGCUAAUUGGGAUGUUAUGGAUACUGCUAUAUUCAGGAUGUUUACAGGAUAUGACCAAGCAAUAAUGUGAAUCUUUCUUAUGGUGCUAUCUUUAAUCAGCAUAUUUGGCAGCAGGACCUGACUUGCUUUAAUGUGCUGUUACAUCUGAUCAACCUGAAUUAGGUGUUUUGUAAGAGGCAUUUUGGGAACACUUUAUUGCAUUUAUUGAUAUCCAGCUGCUUUCUUCUGCAUUCCAGCUUGGUUUCAUUAGUAGUGCUUGUAUCUGACCUAGAAGGUAGUUGGUUCUACCACAAAUUCAAGUCUUGAGUUCAUGAGCAAAAUUGCCACUCAUGCCUGAGAAGGUACAUUUGUAUGGUGAAAACAUUCUUCUGGCUUUCUGGAGUCAGACUUAUGAAAGCCGCAGUGGAAAAUAAAAGGUGUUCUUGUAAUGAAGGUCCUCUAUAUUCGAGCUAUCAUGCUGCCCUAUGUCAUAAGUCACUGUACUUUAAAGUAGUACAUUCUAAGUGAAAUAAUGCCUAUGAGAUGCUGUACAAGUUUUUAAAUACUACUUUUGCUUUCUGUUUUGGGAAGUUCUCCUCCAAGUUGAUUACUGGGAAACAAAAACUAUUUGCAGCAUUUUAUAUAUUUGCUGGAAAUGUAUAAUGCUGACCAAUGUGUACUUGGCCAUUUUACUUAUUUUAAGAAGGU